AUGGCAACAGCACAUGCGAUUAUUGCAGGCUCUCAACUUUCGAGCAAACCUGACAUUCCACUUCAUCAACUCAAUCAAGAAUUUCCCGUUAUUGCCCCAGAUGAUAAAGACGAUUCUGACUAUAGCAAUUUCGGUGUUGAGGACGUCGAUAGCGAAAAAGAAAUCAGUGACGACGAAGAACAAGAAGAAGUCAGUGAAGACGAGGAGACUUCAGAUGAAGCUGAAGAAGAUAGCGAUUUUAAUGACAUAGUUGAUAGCGAAGCUGAAAGUACAGAUGACGGCGAAGAUGAGUCGUUGGAUGGGAGUACUGCCGAGGAGAGCGAUCAUGACCAUGCUUCAGACAACGGGGUUUCUGAGGACGACAGCGAAGCCGACAAGAAGGCAGCUAGACGGAAGGUACGAGAAGCAGGUUCGAAUCAGAAAGUUCCCAUUGAAAUGAACAGAGACCCGGCUACUGUUCAGGUUCUUCUAAAAUCCACACAAGCUUCUCAAGUGAUUGUUCGAUCGCAGCAGCGACGCGACGUGCCGGCGAGACAGCAAUUCAAUGAACAACAACGCAUGCAAUCGAUACAGCAACUUCGAGGUCAGGGGGGAAUUCCUCCAGAUCUGGUGAGUACACAAGUAGAGGACGAGGAAGAAGAAGAGGAAUAUGGCGAUGGAGUGAUAGAAGAACUUGAGGAAGAAGAGGGCACUGAUGAAGACGAUGUAGGUUUAGGACAACCAUUUCAUGCACAGGUAGAUGGGGUAGCACCUCAGAUGCAAGUCCAUGCGCGAAACGAAGCAUUUAGCUGGCAACGUCAGCAGCAGAUGCAAGCUGUGCCAGCACAUAGAGCUUUAGAAGAAAGACUGGUGGACGAAGAAGAGGAUGCUGAAGACAUAGUACAAGAAGAAGAGCAAGACCAGGUACAGCAUCUUCAUGUCCAAGCACAAAGGCAGACAAUGGCUCGGGAGCGUCAUGAACAGAUACAUGCUGCUAUGCGAAAGGAGACUUUAGGACAAGAGCAGAUACAGGAGGAAGCCGAAGAAGAAGCAGGACUAGCUGCAGAGCAAGAAGCAGCAGAAACUGCCGCCUAUGUGACUUCGCAGAAGCACGGCAAAUAUAAGAAACGCCAACAAGCACUUCAGAUGGAGCAGACAAUGCAGAAGAAGGCGGAUGACGAACUCGCUGCCAUAGAGGCGGAAGAGCUAGCCGCACAGGAAGCUGAAGAGAUCGAGCUACAGCAACAGGCCCAGCAGGAACAGCAACAGCUGCAAGAACAACAAGAAUCACAAGACGUUGCCGACAAAUCAAACCAGAAAAGGGCUAGAAGAGGGCAGCGCGAUAUAGACAACGAAGCUAAGAAGGAGAAGAGAGCGAACGAUCUGGAGAUGAAGACGACCCAGGCAGAAGAAAGGCGGGAUCGGGAGGCUGAAGAAGCCACUCAGCGGCAACAGCAACAAGAGAUAGAUCGAGAAGCUCGCAAAACAGAAAGAGAACUCCAGUCAGCUGAUAAAAUCGAACGGGCACGGGAGAAAGCGGAUCGCAAAGCCAUGGAGGCAACUCAGUGUCUCGAAGAGCGGGCUAUGACACAGGAAGCUAGAAAGGCUGAACAGGAAACAAACAUGCAAAGCCGAUUGAGUGAGAGGCAACACAAGAUAGACCAGAAGGCUGCUGAAGCCGCGUAUCGUCUAGAGGAACGUGCUAUGCAACGGGAAGACAAGGUGCAGCAACAUCAAAGAGACUUAGACGAUAAUAGGGCUAGACGAGAAACUGAAGCUGAAGAUAAGAGGCUUAGGAAGGAGGCCGAGGAAGAGAAUAGAGCAUCCAAGAAAGAGGCUGACCGUGAGAGAAAGAUACAACAACAAGAGGACAAGCAGCGUAUGAGGGAAGAGGAAGAGGAACGACAUAUAGAGACCAGCAGUACCAUGGAUAGGCCACAGAGAGGCACAGCUCGACAAUCCCAUACAGCCACCGAAGAGAUUCGCGAUAUCCCAGUACCCCAAACUUACGAUACAGCAUGUAGAGACCAGAAUCGACAAGCGUAUGGUGAGGAAGGCAGUUUUCAAGAAGACCAAUGGGAUGAGAAUCGAAGACAGCAUCUAGAGGGACACCCAGGCGUGCCACACACUGGCGCUGUACGUCAUGAUCAUCGAGGCGAGCGUUGUUCAGGCCAUGGUCAGCAAAGACAUCGGCACGAGCAGAAUGGCAUGCAUGUCAACCUCACACCGGAGCAACAUGCAAAGGCGGAGCGAGAAGCACAGGAAGCAAAUCUCAUAGCAAAGAAAAAGGCAGAGAGGAAGUUGAAAAGAGAAACUAAGAAAGCCAAGACUAAGCAAAAUUCCAAUAGUUUCAAUGGUCAAGGUAAAGUUGACAAGGAUGGAAAAGGUGGAGUUCAAAGCACUACCCAACUACAAUCUGGUACAGAUCAAACCUUGGUUUUGGAGAAGAGAGCCAAUAGAAAAUUGGCAAAGUCAGACAUGAAAGCAGCAAAGAAAGAUGCCAAUAUCCGACAACGGGUGGCCGGAAUGGGAAAAGACAGCGUAGAUAGCGAGCAGAAAGGCGAGAUGGAGCUACCCACGAGUAUGGAGGGAGAAGUAGAGAAAAAGCGAGUUGAGAGGAAAGCAGUGAAGCAGGACAAGAAGGCAGCGAAAAAGGAUGCUGACGCCUGGAAACAGGCUACUGAGUCGGGUGUCAAAAAUGGCAGUGCGGUUACAGACCAGACAGAUGCCAAUGGUCAAAAGGAGAAGCGGAACGAAGGAGACGGUGCAAAACCCAACCAGGAGAGCUUCGUAGAACAAGACAGGGACACAGAGAACUUAGGGGGAUCACCGAAGGGAGUUAUCAUAGCGAAAAAGAGGGCCGAGAGAAAAGCCACGAAAGACGGAAAGGGCGCUGAGCACAAGGAGAGUAAGACUGGAGAUUUCGAGUCAGACGGCAAAGACGAUAUGGCUUCAGAACCCAAAGCCGCUAAGGAAGAGGCUUACGAACAUAAGAAGGAGGUGAAUGCAACGAAAGUUGAAGUUAAGAGAACAGCUUUGGAGUUGAGAUUGGUGCACAAGACUGAGAAAGCUAACACGAAGGAGGCUGAGGAGGCUGAUAAGAAAGAACUCCCGAAUGCUAAAGGGUCUCCGAACGACAAAGAUGCAAAGUAUGCUGGAAAGUCUGAGAAGACUAGCCCCACAGAAGCCAAUAAGGAGGCUAAGAAGGCGGAGAAGACACGGCAGAAGCUUGAAGCAAAGGUACUAGCAUCAGAUAAGAAGGCAAUAGACAAGGAGGAAAAGCUAAGGCAGAAGUCUACUGCAAAGCACGAUACUGCUGGCACCAAAGAUACUGACAAGGAGGAGAAGCGGAAACAAAAGCUGGCAGCAAAAGAAGCUGUUGAAGAUGAGAAUCGGAGGCUAAAACUAACAGCAAAAGAUGCGGCCAAAAUAGAGAAACUAGAGCGGAAGAUUGCGGAAAAGGAAGAGAAGUCGAAACUCAGAGCUGCAGCCAAAGAGGUCUCCAAAGAGGAGAAGCUCAAGCAGACAAUCGCCGAGAAAGAAGAACGAAGGAGACAGAAGCUAGCAGCCAAGGAAGCUGAUAAAGAAGAGAAACUCAGGCAGAAGACCGCCGCCAAAGAAGAAGCGACUGGAAGAAAAGAGCACGACAAGGAAGAGAAGCUUAAACAAAAAGAGGCCGCCCACGACCAAGCUGUCUACCAGAAGGAACUAGAUAAGGCUGCAAAGGCCGAGAAGAAGGAACAAGACAGAGUUCUCAAAGCUCAGCAGAAGGAGAGGGACCAGAUCGCAAAGGCUGAGCAGAAACAGAAAGACCAGGCUGCUAAGGCGCAACAGAAGGAAAGAGACAAAGCAGACGCGCAGCUGAGAAAGCAAAAAGAGAUGAUGGUUGCAGCGCAGAGGAAGGAAGAGGAGAAAAUUGCAAAGCAGAGAGAACGUGACAGAGAGCAAGGAAUGGCAUAUCAGAGGAAAGAGGCCGGGAAGAGUGCCGCAGAGAGUGCUCUGAGACCGACAGCAGCUUCGAGACCUAAAGCGGCGGCACCAAGAAAGGCUGCUCCUGCGAGGAGGCGGAGGUAAAUUUGGGGGCGAGAUCUUUGGUAGGUAUCGUAGAGAUAAUGUGUUGGUAUAUGGAACCGCCCGUGAUAUAACCGCGGUUUGUUGCAUG